UGGUGGGGGCGGGCGAUGGUGUCCGGCGGGUGCGUGGGGGCGGAAGGGAACGCGGAGCCGGAGGCCAUGGUGUCGGAGGAGGCGGUCACGUCGGCGCCCGCGCCCGCCAGGGAGCUCGUGGUGGGGUACGCGCUCACGUCUAAGAAGGCCAAGAGCUUCCUCCAGCCCAAGCUGCGGGGACUCGCCAGGAAGAAAGGCAUUCAGUUUGUUGCAAUUGAUCAAAAGCUCCCACUGUCAGACCAAGGCCCUUUUGAUAUUGUUCUGCAUAAGUUGACUGGAAAGGAGUGGCAACGGCGGUUGGAGGAAUAUAGGGAGACACACCCAGAAGUUACUGUUCUUGAUCCACCAGGUGCCAUAGAGCAUUUGCUCAAUCGUCAAUCUAUGCUUCAAGAAGUUUCUAAACUGGACCUCGCAGACUGUCAUGGUAAAGUUGGUGUUCCCAAGCAGCUAUUUGUUAACACAGACCCAUCAUCAAUACCAGCUGCGGUGCUGAGAGCUGGGCUAUCUCUUCCAUUAGUGGCGAAACCUCUGGUGGCGAAGUCUCAUGAAUUAUCUCUUGCCUAUGACCAAAGUUCCUUGACGAAGCUGGAACCCCCAUUGGUUCUUCAGGAAUUUGUUAACCAUGGUGGUGUCCUAUUUAAGGUCUACAUUGUUGGCGAUGCAAUUAGGGUUGUGCGUAGGUUUUCACUGCCUAACGUUGAUGCUGGUGAUCUCUCAAAUAAUGCUGGUGUGUUCCGGUUUCCGAGGGUCUCUUGUGCUGCAGCCACUGCGGAGGAUGCAGAUCUCGACCCUCAUGUUGCUGAACUUCCUCCAAGACCACUGCUUGAGAUAUUGGCAAGAGAGCUACGCCGGCGACUGGGUCUUAGAUUGUUCAACAUCGAUAUGAUAAGAGAGCAUGGGACAAGAGAUCGGUUUUAUGUUAUAGAUAUGAACUAUUUUCCUGGGUAUGGUAAAAUGCCUGGGUAUGAGCAUGUUUUCACCGACUUUCUACUGAGUUUAGAUCAGAAGGAGUACAAGCGACGACUAGGGUAUACAUCUGGCGAGGGGUGAAUGAGAAGUUGCCACCGCUCCUCCCUCUGUUGGUAUGUUGUCUCGUGUUCGCUGUGUGUACAAAUGUGCAUGUCAGGAAGACCGAUCAUCUCGUCUGUGGUAGAGUUUGGGCAUCAGUAGUUUGAUAAAGCAGCAAUUGAGGACUGUGUCAAACUGUAAUUAUUAAUUCCAAUUUGCUAACUAUUCUGUUCAUGUUCUCGAAUAAUUCUGUUCGGCUAAGUAAAGCAAUCGAGCGGGGUAUCCACAGCAGA